AUGACCAACACUCCUUCCAAGACUCCGAUCUGGCUCGACUGCGAUGCCUACGCCCUCCUUCUCUGCGCGCACGACCCCAAAGUCGAGCUGCUUGGUGUGAGCACCGUCCAUGGCAAUGCUGCGCUCGACCAAACCACAUACAACACUAGGGCAAUCCUCGAGGCAAUCGGAAGGCGCGACGUGAAGGUCUACUCGGGCGCUGCGAAGCCAAUCAUACGCGAUGCUGUACAUGCCGCUGACAUUCACGGCGAGUCCGGCCUAGACGGCGUGACGCUGCUUCCCAAGCCCGUCGAACCAGCAGCUACCGAUGUCGACCACCUCGAAGCCAUGUACCGAGCGCUCAUCGCUACCCCCCAGAAUACCGCCUGGUUGGUCUCUACGGGCACCUUGACCAACAUUGGUCUGCUAUUCCAGAAAUACACAGAUCUAGCGGCUCAUCUCAAAGGCCUGAGUAUAAUGGGCGGUGCAGUCGGUGGCGGCUUUACGGAUGCGCCAAUGGGCACAGUUCAAGGAGAAGGUGAACGAUUUGGCAACUGGACACCCUAUGCCGAGUUCAACUGUGACCCCGAAGCAUCUCACUUCAUUUUCUCGCACCCCGUUCUCAAAUCCAAGACGACGCUCAUCCCUCUCGACCUGACGCAUCAAGUCCUCGGUACGAAGAAAGUCCGCCAAACACAACUAUAUGGAGACGAGAUAUGGGAUCAGUCAGUCUCAAAGAGUGACUACACACCCUCAGCUAUGCGGGCCUUGUUCACCCAGAUCAUGUCGUUCUUCGCUGGCACGUACGCUGAGGUGUUCUCCAUAACCGAAGGACCGCCGUUACACGAUCCUCUCGCUGUAGCGGCUGCCUACAAUCCUAGCAUAUUCGACGACAAGGGUGGCGAGCGCUUCCAAGUGGAUAUUGUCACGGAAGGCCUUCACUCGACAGACAAGUCAAAGGUUGGUGAACUUGGUAGAACAAAGGUCACGAAGCUACCGAACGGGGAAGGUGGCUGUCGUAUACCUAGAGGCGUUAAUCUUGAUGACUUCUGGGGCAGCAUCGAAAGUGCACUGAAACGUGCAGACGCCGUCAGCCCAAUGCCCAAGAUUUCGGAGAAAGAAUUAGAGGAGGCCGGUGUUUUCAAUGGAGUUGGAAAACUACAACGAUGA